GUAGAAAGGAUUUAUAACCCAAGGAGAAGCGCGCGAAGACAGUGAAGCGAUUGUUCUUGUUUUCGGUGCUCCGUAGCGAAUCCCGCCAUGGCUUCAACGACAAGCAUCCACCCUAACCUCACCCCACCGUCAUCUUCUUCGUAUCCCCACGAUUUGUUUUCUGAAUUCGUCUUUCGAGGUACUUCUCGCUCCAGAUUUCGCUUUCCUCCUUCCAAAUCCGCUCAACAAGACCCUAAUCCCUACCAGGAUUCUACCCAGCACUCCCCACUGUCUACUCUUCAUGAUCUCCAAACUCCAGAACCCAGCAAUCAUCACAACGAAUCCUUAGCAUCCCCAUCUUCUGAAGUCCACGAGCCUCCUAUAUUAACACUAGAGGAUCUUCAAAAUGGAAAACUACCCCGUCAAUCGCCAAAACAGCCUUCACUCGCUCGUAGAGUCUUGUCUUUCUACCGAGAGUUCGGAUUUGAUAAAAAAUUGUUGCAAGCAACUUCGCAUUCUGUCCUGAAUUCAGUACCUGCUCAAGAAGGGACCCGUGUGGUUUCGCGUUAUUUCCAAAACUCAAGAUCAACCCAACAAAGCAAACGAAUUGUCUCACGAUAUUUUCAAGAAUCGGUGAAGGAACGAACAGCUCAUUAUGAGGAUGAGAACGAUGGUGGCAAUCUCACAGAGCAGCCAAGUAAAAGAUCAAGCAAAAGGAGGAGGAAAGACGUAACCCCCGGCUCCGAUAACUCAAAAACAAAUCAUCAUUCAGUGGGAAAGACUGCACGCUCUGUUCAGAAGUCGGGAACAGAUACACAAGUGCGAAUUGUUUCGGGCUAUUUUCAGAGUUAUGAAAAGAGUCUUGAAAUGGAUCGAGAAGUAUCACCUUCUUUACAAAAUUCAAAAUCAAAUCAACAAGAAGAGAAAGUGGUCUCACGUUUCUUUCUAAAAUCAGGGAAACAACAAGCCGUGAACAAUCAGGAAGAGGCUACAGAGCAGCUAAAUCAGUGUGCGAAAUCUGUUAAAAGGCUCCGUAAACCAGUCAAUGAAAGGAAAGAGAAGGAUAAGACAAGUUCUACUAAACCUCGGACCACUCUGACUGCUGCAGAGUUGUUUUUGGAAGCUUACAGAAGGAAAUCGCCAUAUGAUACAUGGAAGCCUCCUACCUCUGGAACUCGCCUUCUCCAACAUGAUCAUGCGUACGACCCUUGGAGGGUUCUAGUCAUAUGUAUGCUCCUCAACCGGACAAGUGGGCAACAGGCAAAAGAAGUGAUACCUAAACUCUUCAGUUUGUGUCCCAAUCCAAAGGCUACUUUGGAGGUAUCACGUGAGCAGAUAGAAGAUAUCAUUCGACCUCUUGGUUUCUAUAGGAAAAGAUCACGAACAAUGCAUCGUUUAUCUGAGAUGUAUUUAAAAGAAAGUUGGAGCCAUGUCACCCAACUUCCUGGUGUCGGCAAGUAUGGUGCUGAUGCACAUGCGAUAUUCUGCACUGGAUAUUGGAGUGAAGUAGAACCUAAAGAUCACAUGCUUAAUUAUUACUGGGAUUUUCUCCACAGCAUUAAGCACCUGCUCUGAUCUUAUUUGGCUGUAGAUGGUUUUGUUCGAGAAGCGGAAGUUGUGAAUUUCAGGCUCUACUUCCCUUUCUACGCAUAUUUUGGAAUGUUCUGACAAAAAGAAAUUCUUUUGUGCUAUCGGUUUUGUAAAUGUUAUUUUAUGUUGGGACUUGGGAGUUUGGUUGGGAACUAUUUAAACUUGUUAUCGAUCUAUCUCCUAUUAUUAACAUUAUAUACUAGGAAGGGGAGAAAAGGAAAUUCUCCUCCAACAGCUAGCUGGUUAGGUUAGACUGUAGCUGAAGCUGAAGCUGUGCACUGUUAGUGAGGUCAAUGGAUUUUGUUCACGUUGUCUCCAAACGUCUUGGCUUGUCACCAAGAGUGGCUUACCCUUCACUAAAUAUUUUGUAUAUGGCUGCAACCUUUGCAUUUUAAUCUACUGCAUGAUGUACUUGGUUUCUGCA